CCGAGGAGUCGCAGACGAGCCGCAGAGUGGAGUAGGUAAAGCAGGAAGAGGAGGAAAACAUGGAGCGGUGACAAAACGAGAAAACACCGAGCAAAGACAGGAUUCACCUUUUUAAAAUCACACUGCGAAGGAAAAAGAAUACUUGAGGCGCCAAGAUGAGUCGGCGCCGCGCAGACUCCCAGGGGUCCCUGGGGCCUGACGAUGAGGUCAUGCCGUACAGUGACGAUGAGACGGAUGACGAAUUGGAUGCAAGCUCGGAGGAGGAACCGGAGCCCCCAGCAGGCCCACCAGGAGCGCCACAUCCUCCAGUGGAGGCUAGACCCAGUGAGAUGGGCUGGAAGGUAAAAGCCAACGACCGGCCGUACCACCACCUGCCGGAGUUUCAGAAAAAAGUCUUCCUGUGCUUCAAGAAGAGCAGAUACUCUGGAAAUGCCAUCAAGACGUACAAGUACAACGUCAUCACCUUCCUCCCUCUGAAUCUGUACGAGCAGUUAAAGAGAGCUGCCAACCUGUACUUCCUGGCGCUGUUAAUCUUACAGGUUAUCCCAGACAUUAGCACUCUGCCGUGGUACACCACUCUGAUUCCUCUGGUCGUGGUGCUUGGAGUCACUGCCAUCAAAGAUCUGGUGGACGACCUGGCCCGGCACAGGAUGGAUAAAGAGAUCAACAACAGGAAGUGUGAGGUCCUGCUGGAUGGCAGGUUUCAAGAGUCAAAGUGGAGACACAUUGAGGUCGGAGAUGUGGUCCGCCUAAAGAAGAACGACUUUAUCCCGGCUGACAUCCUGCUGUUAUCCAGCUCAGAACCGAACAGUCUGUGUUACGUAGAAACAGCUGAGCUUGAUGGAGAGACCAACCUAAAGUUUAAGAUGGGGCUUCGGGUGACCGAUGAGAGGCUGCAGCAUGAGCGUCAGCUCGCUGAUUUUGAUGCGCUGAUCGAGUGCGAGGAGCCCAACAAUCGCCUGGAUAAAUUCACAGGGACAAUGCUGUGGCAGAGAGAGCGUUACCCUCUGGACCUGGACAACAUGCUGCUCCGAGGCUGCAAGAUCAGAAAUACAGAGUAUUGUCAUGGACUCGUCAUCUUUGCAGGAGCUGACACCAAAAUCAUGAGGAACGGUGGAAAGACGAGGUUCAAGAGGACAAAGAUUGACGAGCUGAUGAACUACAUGGUUUACACGAUCUUCGUGCUGCUCAUCUUGGUCGCUGCUGGCCUUGCCAUCGGUCACACCUUCUGGUAUGAAGAGAUUGGCUCAAAGGCCUGGUAUCUGUACGACGGGAAAAACCAUGAUGCCUCCUGGAGAGGUUUCCUAAGUUUCUGGGGAUACAUAAUUGUCCUCAACACCAUGGUGCCCAUUUCACUCUACGUCAGCGUGGAAGUGAUCCGUCUAGGCCAGAGCAAAUUCAUCAACUGGGACCUUCAGAUGUAUCAUGCAGAGAAAGACACACCAGCUAAGGCUCGAACCACAACGCUUAAUGAGCAGCUGGGUCAGAUCGAGUACAUCUUCUCUGAUAAGACGGGAACGCUCACACAGAACAUCAUGCAGUUCAAGAAGUGCACCAUUGCUGGACGCACCUAUGGUGAACCAACCACUGCUGAGGGAGUGACUCUGGACAGAGGAAGGCCGGUGGACUGGAGCUGGAACCGCUAUGCUGACAAAAGGUUCCAGUUUGUGGAUCACUCCCUGGUUUCCUGUGUUCGAUCUAAGAAAGAUAAAGAUGCUUCAGAGUUCUUCAAGCUGCUUUCUCUGUGCCACACCGUCAUGGUGGAGAACAAAGAUGGUGAGCUGGUGUACCAGGCGGCGUCUCCUGAUGAGGGCGCUCUGGUGACAGCAGCGAGGAACUUCGGCUACGUGUUUCUGUCUCGAACUCAGGAUACAAUCACCAUCAAAGAGAUGGACCAGGAGAUGACCUACGAGAUGUUGGCGCUGCUUGACUUCAACUCGGACCGCAAACGCAUGUCCAUCAUCUUGAGGGCUCCUGAUGGUCGUGUCCGUCUGUUCUGCAAAGGAGCCGACACCGUCAUCUAUGAGCGACUCUCCCCUGACUGCAGACACAAAGAAACUACACAGGCAGCUCUAGAUAUCUUUGCCAACGAGACACUGAGGACGCUGUGCUUGUGCUACAGAGACAUCAGCGCGGCAGAGUAUGAAGAUUGGUCGAGGAAACACAAAGACGCACAGGUCAGCUUGUCUAACCGAGAGGACGCACUCGACCGUGUGUACGAGCAGAUUGAGAACAACCUGAUGCUGAUUGGAGCGACUGCCAUUGAGGACAAACUGCAAGACGGGGUACCAGAGACCAUUGCCAAACUGGCCAAAGCGGACAUCAAGAUCUGGGUCCUGACUGGAGAUAAGAAAGAAACAGCAGAAAACAUCGGGUUUUCUUGUUCCCUUUUGACAGACGACAUGCAGAUUCAUUAUGGAGAGGAUGUCAAUGAGAAGCUGAGGAUUCGUCAGGCCAACAGGAGAAACAACCCUCAAACUGUCCGUCGAGGGAAAAAGAGACCUUCUGAGCCGUUCUUCCCUAUGCCCGGCAAAAAUGCUCUCAUUAUCACCGGAGGAUGGCUGAAUGAGAUUCUGUAUGAAAAGAAGAAGAAACGCCGUCGCCUACGUCUUCGUCGUCUUGGAAAGCGUCCACCACCCGCCACUCCUCAGGAUGGACAGCCGAUGGAUGACUGGGAAAAGGAGAUGAGACAGAUUGACUUUGUGGACAUGGCCUGUGAGUGCGAGGCGGUCAUCUGCUGUCGUGUUACACCCAAACAGAAGGCUAAUGUGGUGAGCCUGGUAAAGAAGUACAAGAAGGCUGUGACGCUGUCCAUCGGAGACGGAGCCAACGACGUCAACAUGAUCAAGACUGCAGACAUUGGUGUUGGGAUCAGCGGUCAGGAGGGGAUGCAGGCCGUUAUGUCCAGUGACUAUGCCUUCGCUCAGUUCCGUUACCUGCAGCGCCUCCUGCUGGUGCAUGGACGCUGGUCCUAUAUCCGGAUGUGCAAGUUUCUACGUUUUUUCUUCUUCAAGAACUUUGCCUUCACAUUGGUCCACUUCUGGUACUCCUUUUUCAGCGGAUACUCCUCACAGGUUGCCUAUGAAGACUGGUUCAUCACCCUCUACAAUCUCUGUUACAGCAGUUUACCUGUUCUACUAGUCGGACUUCUAGAUCAGGAUGUGAACGACAAACUGAGCCUGAAAUUCCCAAAGCUCUACCUGCCCGGCCAGCAGGGGGCGUUGUUCAACUACAAGAACUUUUUCAUCAGUUUGUUCCAUGGCAUCUUCGUCUCGCUCAUCAUCUUCUUCAUCCCCUAUGGAGCCUUCCUGCAGACCAUGGGGCAGGACGGAGAAGCCCCCUCUGACUACCAGUCCUUCGCUGUCGUCACAGCCUCAUCGCUCAUUUUCACCGUCAACCUGCAGAUUUCUCUGGACACUUCCUACUGGACAUUUGUGAACUGUUUUGCCGUUCUGGGCAGUAUAGCGAUCUACUUUGGCAUCAUGUUUGACAUCCACAGUGCUGGGAUCCACGUCAUCUUCCCUGCAUUUUUCACAUUCACUGGUGCGGCGUCAAACGCUCUACGUCAGCCCUACCUGUGGUUAACCAUCAUCCUGACUGUGGGAAUCAGCCUGCUGCCCGUCAUCUGCAUUCAGUUCCUCCAUAAAACCAUCUGGCCCUCUGUAGGAGACAAGGUUCAAAGAAACAGAAAGAGGUACGAGAUGGAGAUGGAAGAGGAGGAGAGGAAGAAAAAGCCGCCAGCCUUCGAGCGUGGCCGUCGUUCACGUCGCUCUGCCUACGCCUUCUCUCACUCCCGAGGCUAUGCCGACCUCAUUGCUUCAGGGCGGAGCAUACGACGGCGCCCGCAGGCUCGUGGAGGACCACAGGACAGCAUCAGAGAGGCCCCCCAGAGAGAGGCUGAGAACAUCUAAAGGUGGCUGAGCGGGUGAGACAGAGCAACACACGGAGGUGUAAAUAUUCAGGAACGAUGAAGGAACUUGUGGUUUCUCCUCGUCUUGGACAGCAAAGGGAGCACUGCUGAAUGUGUUUUUGCUCCAGUCUGUGAUCCCAACUCCUCCUUACACAGACUUGUGUAAAUGAAAAAGCUCACCGAAGAGAUUACCUCCGUUAGCGGGGUUAGAGGUCAUGCAGUGAAUGUGUGACUGACUAUGUUGUUUAACUCAGGAUCUUUUAAAAUAAAAGCCUUACUUUUAGUCCCUGCCCAACACUUCUGCGUCUGGAAUUGGAGCCGCAAGGUUUAAAUUUUUUGACAGUUUUAGCCUUAAGUCUGCAGAGCACUUUAAGUGUUAAAAAUAUACCAGUUGAUUUUUUCCGUUUCAUACAUUAACAGCUAUUUGUUUAGUUCCCAUCUCUUGAAAUCCACACAUAUUCCUAAAGGUACAGUCAACUUAAGAUGUACAAAUUCUCUUUUAAACAUUUUAUUUUUCAUGUUGCUGUACGAAGCUAUGAAAGGUGGCUGGAUGUGAUGAAAUGUCUUAAUUUAAAAGUUGUGAAUAGUCUUUUUUUUCCUCUGUCCUUACAGAUGGGUGUUGUAGUCUCAUACUUUAGACUACAAAUUUGUGUCCCACUUCAGAUCCUUAAACACCUCUUGAGAAGCUAGUUGCUAACAAUAAUUGUUCUAUACCUCAGUUUCUUCAUGUCCCUGAACUGAUGUAAAGAAACAUAAAUGGGACAAAACUUUGUCUUCCUUCAGCUGUGAUUUAUUUUUGAUAACAAAUGCAAAUUCUUCUCCUGGAAAAGAAUCAACAAGGACAACUCAGUUUGUCCUUAUUUAAGUGUCUUAGUUGGUUAUUUUCCUCUUUCUUAAUUGAUACUUCUUAGAAGUUGACUCACAUGUCUUUAAUAGUUAAUAAAACAAUAUCAUUGAGAUUUUCUGCAUGCACAUGUCAAUGAUAGUUUACAGCAAAUCCAAAGAUGUGUAUUUUUCCAGUCCUAUAAUCAGAGAAAAGCCAAACCUGACUGUUACUCUAUCCGUUGGAUGCUAGUGUUACUGUAUGCAGAUGAUGCCUUUUUAUUUCUGAGUGAGUGGAGCCUGUUAAUAGAUUCAGUGACAUAUGGUUUCCUGUCUUAUGAUGGUGUUUUAUCUUGUGAUUGUUAAUAAAAGCC